CCGUUCCGUGUUCCAUUAAUCCAUUUCUAACAAAAACCGAAAACGGAAAAAGUCGGAAAGCGAUCACACGCGCUGCUGCUGUUGUUGUAAACAAUAGGAAAAAUUCAAUAUAUUGACCAAAAUCUACUAAUAAUUCAAAUUUUUAACCAUCCAAUCAAUUUACGCGUAAAUUGAUUAAAGUUUAAGCAACUUCUUCAAAAGUUAUAUUACAUGAAUUAGGCGACAAAUAAGAUGCCGGACUUUGACACAAGUUCUCUUGUCUUUACUGACGAUGAUCUUCCCUACGAAGAGGAAAUCUUAAGAAAUCCAUACUCCGUGAAGCACUGGCUACGCUACAUUGAGCACAAGAAAGCCGGUCCGCAAAACGCCAUCAACAUCAUUUACGAGCGAGCCUUGAAAGAACUUCCGGGAAGCUACAAGCUUUGGUACAAUUACCUAAAAUUAAGGAGGAGGCAAGUUCGAGGGCGAUGCAUCACCGACCCCAGCUACGAGGACGUCAACAAUGCUCACGAGAGAGCUUUGGUUUUCAUGCACAAAAUGCCCAGAAUCUGGAUGGACUAUUGCUCGUUCCUGGUAGACCAGAAGCGAAUUACUAGGACGAGGCAAGCCUUUGACCGAGCUUUGAGGGCUUUGCCAAUUACUCAGCACCACAGGAUUUGGCCUUUGUACAUUAAGUUUGUCAGCCUUUAUGACUGUCAUGAAACUGCAAUUCGAGUAUUCAGACGUUACUUGAAGUUGUGCCCUGAGAACACUGAAGACUACAUAGAGUAUCUUGCAAGCAUCGGAAGAUUGGACGAAGCGGCCAUAAAACUGGCAGGAAUUGUCAAUAAUGAGAACUUUGUGUCCAAACAUGGGAAGUCAAACCACCAGCUUUGGAAUGAGCUGUGCGAGCUUAUUUCUAAAAAUCCAGGAAAAGUCAAGUCGCUGAACGUUGAUGCUAUUAUCAGAGGGGGCUUGCGAAGAUAUUCUGAUCAGUUAGGCAGUUUGUGGCAGUCUCUUGCUGAUUAUUACAUCCGAUCUGGCCUCUUUGAAAGGGCCAGAGAUGUGUAUGAAGAGGCCAUCCAAACGGUCACCACUGUAAGAGAUUUCACUCAAGUUUUUGAUGCUUAUGCCCAGUUUGAGGAACUGAGUCUUACCAAAAGAAUGGAGGAAGUUGCCGACAACCAGAAUCCAAGUGAAGAAGAUGAUAUCGAGUUGGAUUUGCGGAUGGCCCGAUUCGAACAUCUGAUGGCCCGCAGACUUUUGCUCCUAAACUCGGUGCUUCUUCGCCAAAAUCCGCACAAUGUUCAUGAGUGGCACAAAAGAGUGGUUCUUUUGGAAGGCAAACCACAUGAGAUCAUCAACACCUACACCGAAGCAGUUCAAACAGUCGAUCCAAAACAAGCUGUCGGCAAACUGCAUUCUCUGUGGAUCGCUUUUGCCAAAUUUUAUGACUCUAACAAUCAACUGGAGGACGCUCGUUUGGUCUUCGAGAAGGCCAUUCAAGUAGCCUAUCUAAAAGUAGAUGACUUGGCCUCAGUUUGGUGUGCCUGGGCAGAAAUUGAGUUGCAGCACGACAACUACGAUGGUGCUCUGAAACUGAUGCACCGAGCAACAGUUCCUCCGCCAAGAAAAGUCGCCUACCACGAUGAUGCAGAGACAGUGCAAAACAGGCUGUACAAGUCUCUAAAAAUUUGGUCCAUGUUUGCUGAUUUGGAGGAGAGCUUUGGAACUUUCAAAGCUUGCAAAUCUGUGUAUGAUCGCAUCCUGGACCUCAAAAUCGCAACCCCGCAGAUUGUUAUCAACUACGGAAUGUUCCUUGAGGAGCACAAGUACUACGAAGAAGCUUUCCGUGCUUAUGAAAAGGGCAUUGCCCUGUUCAAGUGGCCGAAUGUUUACGACAUCUGGAACACAUACUUGACCAAGUUCUUGAAAAGAUAUGGAGGCACCAAAUUGGAGCGAGCCAGAGAUCUUUUUGAACAGUGUUUGGAACACUGUCCCAACAAAUUCGCCAAAACCCUGUAUUUGCUAUAUGCAAAGCUGGAGGAGGAACAUGGACUUGCCAGGCAUGCUAUGGCUGUUUACGAACGAGCCACCCAAGCUGUGCUGCCUGAAGAGCAAUUUGAGAUGUUCAACAUUUACAUCAAUAAAGCUGCUGAGCUUUAUGGUGUUGCCCGCACAAGGCAAAUUUACGAGAAAGCCAUUGAUGUUUUGCCGGAGGAGAAGGCUAGAGACAUGUGCCUGCGAUUUUCAGAUAUGGAAACCAAACUUGGUGAAAUUGACAGAGCCAGGGCAAUUUAUGCUCAUUGCAGCCAGAUGUGCGAUCCAAGAGUAACUGCAGAGUUUUGGCAAACUUGGAAGGACUUUGAAAUUCGUCAUGGAAAUGAAGAUACCAUGAGAGAAAUGCUCAGAAUCAAGCGCAGCGUCCAAGCCACAUACAAUACCCAGGUCAACAUGAUGUCGGCACAGAUGCUGACUUCCUCUGGGCAGGUGGCUGGAACUGUGGCCGAUUUGGCUCCUGGAGCAAAGGAUGGCAUGCGAAUGUUGGAGGCCAAGGCUGCUCAAAUGGCAGAGCCAACAGCCAAGAAGCCUGCCCCUCAAGGUGCCAUUUCUUUCAUCAGAGGAGAAACACAGGGCCAGGCCGCCAAAGACAAGGUUGUUAAUCCUGAUGAGAUUGACAUUGACGAUGAAAGUAGUGAAGAAGAUGACGAGGAUGAAACUGAGAAAGACCUCGAAGAAGCUCUGCCUGUCAAGAAACAGAUGAUUCCCUCAAAGGUUUUCGGAAGUCUGCGUAAAGACGAGGAAAAUUGAUUUUCUUAGUUAAUUUUUAAUAAAUUUUAAGAUCCUAA